GUGAUCACCUCUCGACAUAAUGUCUAACGAAGCCCCCAAGAAGCAGGCCGUCAUGGGCGUGCCUCCUUUCGUUAUCGAUUUCUUGAUGGGUGGUAUCUCUGCCGCUGUCUCGAAGACCGCCGCUGCUCCCAUCGAGCGUGUCAAGCUCUUGAUCCAAAAUCAGGAUGAGAUGCUUAAGUCGGGUCGUCUCGACCGAAAGUACGAUGGUAUCGUGGAGUGUUUCCGAAGAACCACAGCCCAAGAAGGUGUUGCAUCGCUGUGGCGUGGUAACACUGCCAACGUUAUCCGUUACUUCCCUACCCAAGCCUUGAACUUCGCUUUCCGUGACACCUACAAGUCCAUGUUCAAGUUCAAGAAGGAUGAUGGUUACUGGAAGUGGAUGGCUGGUAACUUGGCCUCCGGUGGUAUGGCUGGUGCCACUUCCCUCCUCUUCGUCUACUCCCUCGAUUACGCCCGUACCCGUCUCGCCAACGACAACAAGAACGCGAAGUCUGGUGGUGACCGUCAAUUCAACGGCCUGGUCGAUGUCUACAAGAAGACCCUCGCCACUGAUGGUAUCGCUGGUCUCUACCGUGGUUUCGGUCCAUCCGUUCUCGGUAUAGUCGUCUACCGUGGUCUGUAUUUCGGAAUGUACGACUCCAUCAAGCCUGUUCUUCUCGUCGGUCCUCUUGAGGGUAACUUCCUUGCCUCCUUCCUUCUCGGUUGGUCCGUUACUACUGGUGCUGGUAUUGCUUCUUACCCAUUGGAUACCAUCCGUCGUCGUAUGAUGAUGACUUCUGGUGAGGCCGUCAAGUACAAGUCUUCCAUGGAUGCCGCUAGCCAAAUCAUCGCCAAGGAGGGUGUCCGAUCUCUCUUCAAGGGUGCUGGUGCCAACAUUCUCCGUGGUGUCGCCGGUGCUGGUGUCUUGUCCAUCUACGAUCAAUUGCAGGUCCUCAUGUUCGGAAAGGCCUUCAAGUAAACUAGACAAUUGUAGUAUAGACGUUUGGUGAAAGUGGGUGGGUGAUAAUGAACCGGAGUGGCAAAAUUUGGGUGGUUGAGAGGAUGGUGGUGCGUGCAGGUGGAAGUUGUUACAGACAUCCAUUGCAAUGGUGUUUAGCAACUUGCGGUGGCGUAUGGGUGGGCUUACCCUGGCUACUGCUGUACUUUAUUACCAAGGCAAUUUCCCUGAUGUGUUUCUUCCCCUUUUGCUUGCUGCGUU